UCAAUAAUAGCCUUAUUUAAAACGACAUGUAAAAAAGCUUCGCCUGAGGAGCGAGCGCGCAACAAUGGCGCCGCUGUUACAGAAACGUUUCUUCUGUAGCGAGGUCCCAAAGAAAUGGGCAGUGAAGCAAGUGACAAAGUCCAAUUUCGCCGAGUCCAUGGAGGAAAUCAAGCACGACAUCUCCACCUCCGACUUCGUGGCAGUAUCCCUCCAAAAGACAGGCUCUUUCUCCGCCCCAUGGCACCGUGCUCACCCCUUCGAUACGGCCGAAACUUCUUAUUACAAGGCCAAGUACGCCGCUGAACGCUUCCAGAUUUUUCAGUUCGCCGUUUGCCCAUUUUCUGUGAAUGCCUCUAAGCUCGUAGCUCACCCGUAUAACUAUCUCUUAUUCCCCAGAGAUGAACUAAAAUUAGGGAUGCCAUCUUACAGUUUUUCAUGCCAAACUUCAUAUUUGACAUCCAUGGCUCGUGAAGGUUUUGACUUUAAUGCUUGCAUUUAUGAUGGCAUAUCAUACUUGUCUAGAGCACAGGAAGAUAAAGCGAAAAUUCGGAUUGGGAAUCCGAGACCCAGUCCUCUUAUACUUGAUUCUACUUCUACACCUAGUGUUGCUGAUGCCUUAUUUAUUGAAAGAGUUAAAUCAAGAGUUAUUCAAUGGAAAAAGACAUGUAAAAAAACAAAGGAGAACACACAUGAUGCUCUGAUGAAUUCUUUAAGAAAACUUAUUUUGGGAAGUGAAUUUUAUGGGUCUAGACCAUGCAUCACUAUAGAUGUCUGCACUGAACGUCAAGUGAAGCUUGCACUAGAGAUGUUAAGAGACUUCGCCGAUGAACUAGUUCCUGUACUAAUUCCGGGAAGGAGUGGAGGAACACAGGCAGUUCGUGUGGUUUUAACAAGCUCACAAGAGGAUAAGGACUUGUUUGAGAGUGAACUUCAACGCCUUGAAGAAGAAGAAAAUAAGAAGGUUCGGGGAUUUCGAGAGGUGAUCGAUUUGAUUUCUGCUUCACAGAAACCUGUUGUUUCCUACAAUUCCCUUAAUGAUCUUACAUUUAUUCACUCAAAAUUCAUUGCUCCCCUACCUCCAACCGUAGACGAGUUUGCAAGCUCCUUAAGUAAGAUUUUCCCAUGUGUCCUUGAUGUAAGUCAUCUGAUGACAUUUAUUGGUCCUUUGAGGAAAGUGACCAAUAUUCCUGUGGCUAUUUCCCUCCUCAAUAGUCAUUUCUUUGCACCAGUUGAUAUUGAAAUCCUUUACAAAGCAGCUGAUAACGAAGGCAAAAUUCACGGGCACAACGCUGUAAGGAUUAGUCAUCUAUUUGCUAAGCUAUGCUCUAUUCUGAAAAUUGACCCCAAUUCCAACACAUCUGAUAGUCAAGUACUUUCAGCUCCAGCUCUUACAGAGUCUACAAACAUUUUCAAUGCAUUAUCUACCAGUUUUGAAGAGUCAAUUGAUGAGGAAAUCAGUGUGUGGACAAAGAGUAAAAGAAAAGUUAACUGUGAGCAAUUAGUAUACCUGUGGGGAUUCGGAAGUGAGAACACUGCUGGAAAGUUGAAGACCAUGCUGCACAACUCGCAUUCCAUAUUCUCCGAAGAAUUUGAUAUUCGUUUAGUUGAUAAGAGCUGUGCUGUCAUUGUUUUCUGGCAGCCUGGUUUGGCUGAAAAAUUUCUUGAUGUUAUGAACAACAUCGAAAAGAUAAGUGGAUCUUUAAGGGAGAUGGUGUCCGAGGGUCUAAGGGCGGCGUCUUAUGAGACUUACAAGAGAGCUUGUAAGUUAGAUAUAUGGGAAGCAAACUUGGGAGAAUCUUUGGACAGAGCCUUGGAAGAUUCUGAGUACCUCAUUGAAGCUACUCCUGAAUCAACUCCCAUAGAAAUAUCUUGCUCUAGUGAUUCUGUGAUUAAUUACAAUGACCUCUAAUAAGUAUAAUUCAUUUCUUGAAUAUGAGACCAUUUCAACUAACUAGUCCAUAGAAUAGUUAUUUUGAAGUUACAAUCACCAAGACAAGGAUGCCUUUUUUUGGGGAUAUGAUUCUUCAGAAGAUAUUUUGAGUAUUCCAUUUUAAUUUUUCAAAA